CAGCGGGUUCAGUGAUGCCCUCAUCUUCACCUUCCUGCAGUCUUACAAGCCGGUAUAUAAGCAAUGGGGGUUUGGACCCGUGCGAAUCGGACUGGCUUUCAUUCCGUGAGUAUCGCGUCGAGUGCGGUCAAACCGUCAAGUUGUCAAGCCCUAACCGCUGUAGAAUCAUCAUCGGAUACGUAAUCUCCUAUGUCUCCUUUCUUCCCUGGAUCUACAGACACACCAAGAUCCGCAAGAGAGAUCCCGACGCCCUGCUGCCCGAGGCGCGGCUGUAUUGGCUGUUAUUCAGUGAGUAUCGUCCAGGCAAUCCACUCAAUAUAGAGAGAGUAUUCCAACUGACGCACGCAAGCGGCACCACUCGAAACGAUCGGUCUGUUUGGCUUUGCCUGGACGAGUUUGGGUCCGCCGCAUGUGCACUGGAUAGCGCCGAUGAUAUUCUCGACCUGUAUCGCGAUAGCCAAUGUAAGUGGAAACCUAAUCAACUGUUUUUUUAUUAA